UCCACCACAAACCAUUCUCGUCCAAUCGUUCCUCCCACUGACAACCGGGUCUCCCGGUCACUCUCAUAUCCUCAUGCCUCCCAAUUCACCCACUCCCGCCACCAACCACCACAUUCCCAGUGCCUUCUUCUUUUAAAAUUUUAUAAAAAAAUUUAAUAAAUAAAAGGCGAAAUCUCCUAUUAUUAACACGGUUUAUUCUGUUACUUUUCUGGAGAAAUCUAAAUAGAGCUAGGCAGUGAGCUUGACCUGGUACCGGUAGCAUCUGUUUCAUUUUACUAUUUUUUAAAAUUGUUUAGAAUUGGCAGAGGGAGAGAUCCAGAGAAGGGGGGAUCUGGUGAUAUUCUAUAAAAGCGAAGUAGGGAGACCAAAGCAAUGGUGGACUCGCCGUUAACGCCUGGAGAAGGUCGGUCGCCGGCUUCUUCAACUUCGUCGCUGAUGGACAGCCUUCUCGGCCUUCUUCGAAUCCGCGUCGAACGGGGCGUCAAUCUCGCUGUACGCGACGUCCGUAGUAGCGAUCCUUACAUCGUCGUCAAAAUGGGCAAACAGAAACUGAAGACUCGCGUAAUAAAGAAGGAUGUUAAUCCGGAGUGGAAUGAAGAUUUAACUCUUUCUAUUACAGACCCUAAUCAACCAGUCAAGCUGACUGUGUAUGACCAUGACAUGUUUAGCAAAGAUGACAAAAUGGGAGACGCAGAGAUCGAUAUUAAACCAUAUAUAGAGGCCUUAAGGAUGGAUCCUAAAUGCCUCCCGAGUGGCACCGUACUCGCUAGAGUACAACCGUGCAGACAAAACUUCCUGGCUGAAGAGAGCUGCAUCACCUAUUCCGAUGGUAAGGUUGUCCAACAUCUUUGCCUUAGACUAAGAAAUGUGGAAUGCGGUGAAGUUGAGGUCCAACUGCAAUGGAUUGACCUUCCUGGUUCCAAAGGUUUAGGAAGCAAAUGAGGGUUUCUUUUACCUGCUUAAUUUGUUAUGCAUAGUGAAUAUGCUGCUGGGUGGUUUGUUUAUGGGCUUGCUUUAAGAAUAUUUCCUAUCGGAUGAGGUCUGUAGCUUAUUAUGUAGGAUUGGAAAAUUUUCUAUAUCGAUGUAAUCAUGAAGACUUCUGCUAUACGUAUAUACUUGCAGAAGAAAACAUGGUGGGCUGUACAAAGAAACAAGUGCAAAAUUUCCCUUGUAUAAUGCUAUUGAGAAUCAUAAGUUGCAUUGGUGUCUCUGUA